AUGGUGGACUUCCCGGGGUACAGCCUGCCGGGCGCGGCCGCCUCCUUCCUCUUCGUGCUGCUCACCAUGAAGCAGUCAGAGCACUUCAGAGUGAUUGGUCCUGCUCAUGGCAUCCUGGCCAGGGUCGGGGAAGAUGCCCUCCUCACUUGUCAGCUCUUCCCCAAGAGGAGCGCGGAGCACAUGGAGGUGAGGUGGUACCGCUCGGAGCCCGGCACGCACGUGCUGCUUGCACACCAGGACGGAGCUGAGGUGAGCGAGGUGCAGACGGAGGAGUACCGGGGCCGAGUGGAGUGGGUAGAGGACAACCUGGCCGAGGGAAGCGUGGCUCUGAAGAUGCACAACAUCCGACCCUCCGACGACGGGCAAUACUGGUGCCGUUUCCAAGAGGGGCACUACUGUGGAGAGGCCAGCCUGCUGCUCCAAGUGGCAGGUCUGGGGUCCGCCCCGCACAUCCACAUGGCGGGAUCCGUGGAAGGUGAGAUCCAGCUCGUGUGCACGGCGGAAGGCUGGUUCCCAGAGCCCCGGGUUCACUGGGAAGACUCCAGGGGAGAGAAGCUGCUGACUCUCUCUGAGCAUCACAUCCCAGACGAAGAUGGCUUGUUCCACGUGGAAGCCACGCUCGUGGUCAGGAUUGCCUCCGCGGACACUGUGUCCUGCUCCAUCCACAACCCUGUCCUCGCCGAGGAGAAGGGCGCAGUCCUCUCCAUCCCAGAGAAACUCCAAACUGAGCUGGCUUCCUUAAAAGUGAUUGGACCUUCCCAGCCCCUUCUUGUCAGAGUGGGUGAAGACAUACAAUUAACCUGUUGCCUGUCCCCCGAGGCUAAUGCACAGAGCAUGGAGGUGAGGUGGGUCCGAGCCCGCCAUUACCCUGCUGUUUAUGUGUAUAUGGAUGGGGACCAGGUGUCUGCAGAGCAGAUGGCAGAAUAUAGAGGGAGGACAGUGCUGGUGACGGACGCCAUCAGCGAGGGGAGGCUGACCCUGCAGAUACACGAUGCCAGGACUUCAGACGAUGGGCAGUACCGGUGCCUUUUUGAAAAAGACGGUGUCUACCAGGAGAACACCUUGGAUGUGAAGAUAGUAGGCCUGGGCUCUUCCCCGCGGAUCACCGCGGAGGGACUGGCGGACAACGGAGAGAUGCGGCUCCUGUGCUCCUCGGCAGGGUGGUUCCCGCAGCCCCGGGUGCAGUGGAGGGACCCGGAAGGGAAGCCGGUGCCCUCCUUUUCCCAGGCGCUGGCUCAGGGCAGCGAUGGGCUGUUCCAGGUGGAGGCCUUCCUUCAGGUCACAAACAGCUCUGCUGGGAACGUGACCUGCUCCGUCAGCAACCCCCUCCUCGGCGAGGAGAGAAUGGCCACGUUUUUUCUCUCAGACAGCAGGAUGACUUUUUCAUGGAAGAUACUGUUUCUCCUGGGACUGCCUGUUGUGGUGGUUGUCAGCCUGAUCCAGAUGAAGAGCUUUAAAAAAAGUGAAUGA